AUGAAACUGUGACGCACACUAGCACUUACGUCAAUGCAAAGUUUCUCCACAGAACAUCGUAGGAAAUUGACUUAAUUUUCCAUUUUGGUCAAGUUCCAGGUGUUUGGAGUGGGUUAUGAUAUAUUCCCUGUAGAGCAUUACUGCUCUGAAGUUCUGUAUAUUUCCUGAAGAAAGAAAAGAAAGAAUGGCGGAUUUCUUUGAGGAAGAAGCAGAAGUAUCAGAUGAAGAUGCUCAAGCCAGCAGUGAUGAAGAGGAAGAAUAUGAAGAAGAUAUUGAUGAAGAGGCCAACGUUCCAGAUCUGAUCAACGAUGAUGAUGAAGCAGAUAAUGAUUCUGAAGGCGAGGAGAUCGGUAGAAAGAAAAAGAGAAAACAUAGAGCAGAUUAUGAUGAAAGGCUGGAAGAUGAAGACUAUGAUCUGAUUGAAGAGAACUUGGGAGUCAAAGUUGAGAGGAAAAAGUUUCGUCGAGUGCGUCAGAUCUCUGAGGAGGAUGAUAGUGGGAGCGAGGAAGGAGGAGCAGGAGCUUCAAGGGAGCUGGAUGACCGGGAUGCUAUCGCCAAGGAGAUCUUUGCCGGGGAGGAGGAAGAGGGUGAAAUUAGUGCUGGAUCAGCUGACGACCAAGAAGAGCAACAUGAGCCAGAACAGGGAGAGCAGUAUGGAGCUCUGGAAGAUUCAGAAGAAGAAUCAGACCCAGAUGAUUUCAUCGUUGAUGACAGUGGGCAACCAAUUGGGAAGAAGAAGAAAAAGCACAAGCACAGAUACACAGACUCUGCACUCCAAGAAGCCCAGGACAUCUUUGGUCUUGAUUUUGACUUUGAUGAUUUUGAAGGAUAUGGAGAUGAAUAUGAAGAAGCAGAAGAAGAGGAGUAUUCUGAGUAUGAAGAAGAGGAAGAUGAAUUGGAAGAAGGCGGAGAACAAAGAAGAAGGCAGAAGAGACCUGGCAAGAAACGUGCACCAAAGAAGAGCAUAUACGAGGUAUUUGAGCCGAGUGAGCUGGAGAGGGGUCACUUCACUGAUCUUGAUAGCGAGAUCAAGACUGCAGACAUUCCAGAGAGAUUUAUGUUGAGAUCAGUUCCUGUCACCGAGGCAGCUGAUGAAGAGCUUGAGAAAGAGUCGGAAUGGAUCUACAAACAAGCCUUCCUGACACCAUCAGUAUCAAAUCAGGAGUUUGGCGACCAAGGCGAUGGCUAUAGUGGGUCCAGCGCCUAUGAGAGAAAACCUCCAAAGACGAAAAAGAAAAUCCGAGAAGCCCUCCACUUCAUGAGAAAUCAACACUUUGAGGUACCAUUCAUAGCCUUCUACAGAAAGGAGUAUGUAGAGCCCGAGCUCAACUUCAAUGAUCUCUAUAAAGUAUAUCACUGGGAUGCCAAGUGGUCUCAGUUGAAAUCCAGGAAAGCCAACCUGCUCAAGCUAUUUGAGAAGAUGCAGACGUACCAGUUUGACACGGUGAUGAAGGAUAAGGAUUUUGAUGCAGAACUCCCUGAAGACUUUAGAGCCCUCUCCACCCAAGACCUUGAAAGGUUGAAUGCUGUAGACUCUACCGAAACCCUGAAGGAUGUCUACAUGCACUUCUUACUAUACUACGGCCGAGAACUUCCCAAGAUGCACAACGCCCUGAAAGCCAAACCCAAGGAGAAGAAGAUGAAGCUUGUGACGGUCAAAAGGAAAGUGAUGGUCAGAAGAUGGAGGAAGAAGAAGAAGGAGAAAGCCCCUCACAAAGAACGAAGGAUAGAAGAUGAUGAUAGCGACGAGGAGGAGGAUAGUAACAAGAAGGUUGAUGUUGAGGAGGAGGAGAAGGAGAAAGACGAUGAGGAGAAGAUGGAGACGGAGGAGGGGGAGGAGAAGGGAGACGAGGAAGGUGGGGAGGAGAAGAAGAAGAAGGACGAGGAGGAUGACGGGUUUGAGGAUGGCGAGAUGACGAAAGACAAGGAGGAUGGAGAGGAGGAGGAUGGAGAAGGAGAGACGAAGAAGAAGGAUACAGAAGAGGAUGGAGAGGUAGCAGACGAAGAGGAGAUGGAGGAGGUUGAGGAGGAGACAGAGGUUGAGGAUGAGAUGGAGGUAGAGGCUUCUGAUGAUGAGGAUGAUGAAGAGGGCGUGGUAACCAGCAAUGAGAUCAAACAAGCCAGCAGAAAAUCAAUGUAUGCUCUCUGUCAGGAUGCUAAGCUCACUGGUCUGGCUGCAAAGUUUGGUCUGACCCCGGAACAAUUUGGUGAGAAUCUGAGAGACAACUACCAGAGGCACGACCCUGAACAACACCAGGAUAGCCCCUUAGAAGUAGCUACAGAUUAUCUCUCAAGUAAAUUCAAAGAUGAGGAAGGCGUGCUGCAAGCUGCAAGGUACAUGGUAGCCCUCCAGAUUGCACAUGAUCCUCUAGUCAGGCAGUGCGUAAGACAGACAUACUAUGAGAGAGCUAAGAUAUCGGUCAGACCAACCAAGAAAGGCAUCAAGGAAAUCGAUGAGAGCCAUCCCAUCUUUGGUAGCAAGUACCUCAAGAACAAGCAGGUCAAGGAUCUAUUGCAGGACCAGUACCUCAAGCUAGUCCAAGCUGAAAAGGAUAAGCUCAUCACCAUGACCAUGUCCAUUGACAUGGCUCAGGGCACAAGUACGUCCUACACAUCGACCACCUACUUUGAGGAGAUGAAGCAGCUUUACUACCUGGACGAGUUCCGUACAGAGGUGCAGGCCUGGAACAAGGAGAGGAGCGGUGCCCUGGAGAUGGCCCUCCAGAGUAUCCUCUACCCACAGCUUGCCAAGGAGCUCAAGACAAAGCUUGUUGCUGAGGCCAAGGAGGGCAUCAUCAAGCAAUGUUGCACCAAGAUGUUCAACUCUCUGAAGGUAAUGCCGCACCAAGUAGACCAGCCCAUGGAGGAGGACGAGGACGACUACAUGGACGGAAACAGCAGGAUGGGACUGAGGGUCAUGGGCUUCUCUUUCACAAGUGACAUGGACAAUGCAGCCUUCUGCUGUAUGCUCGACAGUGAGGGAGAAGUGACAGACUUCCUUCGGUUGCCUCACUUCUUGAGACGAAGGAAUGCCUUCUACCAGCGAGACCGUGAUCUCAAGCAGGCCGACGUAGAAUCACUCAAGAACUUCAUCUCAACCCAGAAGCCUCAUGUCUUAGCCCUGGCUUCAGAAGGAAAGAACACAACAUCUGUGCUGCAAGACAUCAAGGGGUGCAUUGAGGAUCUGGAGUCGGAACAACAGAUGGCGCCAAUCAAAGUUCAAUUAAUUGACAGCAAUGUGGCUGCUGUAUACCAGGCCUCCAAGCUUGUGGAGACGGAGUUCCGUGACUACCCGCCACUGUUACGUGAGGCCGUUUCAAUAGCACGUAGGUUGCAGGAUCCACUCAUUGAGUUCUCCAGACUGUGCAAUCCAGAUGAUGAUAUCCUCUGCCUCAAACUUCAUCCUCAACAGGAUGCAGUAAGUCAAGAGGAGCUGAAGGAGGCUAUGUUCCAAGAGUUCAUCUACCGGGUCAACGAGGUGGGCGUCGAUAUCAACCGGGCUAUCACACACCCCCACACCGCCUCUAUAGUGCAGUUUGUCUGUGGGCUCGGUCCAAGGAAAGGAAAUUCUUUGGUCAGGACCUUGAAGCAAAAGAACCAGAGGCUUGACAACCGUAAUCAGCUAGUCACCCAUUGUCAGCUUGGUCCCAAGGUCUUCAUCAACUGCGCUGGAUUCCUCAAGAUUGACACCGCUUCUGCAGGAGAUGGUGCUGAUGACACCUACAUCGAGGUCCUCGAUAGCACACGAAUCCACCCUGAGACGUACGAGUGGGCUCGUAAGAUGGCUGUAGAUGCCUUAGAGUAUGAUGAAGCCGCUGACGAUGCUAACCCUGCAGAAGCCCUGGAAGAGAUCCUGGAGAACCCUGACAAACUCAAGGAUCUGGAUCUGGAUGCCUUUGCGGAGGAACUGGAGAGACAGGGUUAUGGUAAUAGGAGCAUAACUCUGUAUGACAUCAGAGCCGAGCUGAACAGUCGCUACAAGGAUCUCAGGACACCUUUCCAUCCAUUCACUCCUGAAGAAGCCUUCAGUAUACUGACUAAGGAAACACCAGAGACAUUUUAUAGAGGUAAAAUGGUAACCUGCAAAGUGACCGGUAUUGCAAGGAGAAGACCCACCAGGGAGAUGUUAGAUGAUGCUAACCCUAGUAAGAACGAUGAGACAGGACUCUGGCUAUGUCCCUUUUGCCAGCAGGAUAACUUCUUUGAACUCAAUGAGGUGUGGAGCCAUUUCGACACAGGUAACUGCCCUGGCCAGGCCGUAGGGGUCAAAGUUCGCUUGGACAACGGCAUCAUGGGAUUCAUCCACACCAAGUUCUUGAGCGACAGCAAGGUCAAGAAUCCAGAGGACAGGGUCAAGAUCGGUAUGACACUCCACGCUCGCAUCAUGAAGAUCGACAUUGAACGGUUCCAGGUGGAUCUAACCAGCAAGAGCUCUGAUCUCCAGGAUCGGAACGGAGAAUGGGCCCCGCCCCGGGAUACCUACUAUGACUAUGAAUCGGCUGAGAUGGACAAACAGAAGGAUGAGGAGGUGAAGAAGAAGGCCGCAGCAUCCAGCACAUAUGUGAAGAGAGUGAUAGUGCACCCGUCCUUCCAGAACAUCACCUACAAGCAAGCUGAGAAGGUCAUGAGAGAAUCAGAUGUAGGGGACGUCAUCAUAAGACCAAGUAGCAAGGGAGCUGAUCAUUUGACAGUCACGUGGAAGGUAGAGGAUGGAGUCUAUCAGCAUAUUGAUGUCCAAGAAGAAGGCAAAGAUAAUGAUUUCAGUUUGGGAUCAACAUUGAAGAUCGGAGAAGAGGAGUUUGAAGACUUAGAUGAAAUCAUAGCCCGUCACAUCCAGCCGAUGGCAGCCUUUGUACGGGACGUCACCUCUCAUAAAUACUAUCACGCCGUAGAGGGCGGUAGCAAGGAGCUCAUGGAGAAAUACCUGCAGACGGAGAAGAAGAAGACGCCCAACCGCAUCCCGUACUUCAUGUGCUUGUGUCAAAACUAUCCAGGCAAGUUCCUAUUGUCCUACCAGCCACGCAGCAAGGGAAGGCACGAGUACGUGUCAAUCACACCGGACGGGUAUAAGUUCCGUGGUCAGACGUUCACUACCAUUAACUCGCUGCAUCGCUGGUUCAAAGUACACUUCAGGGACCCUAUACCAGGCAUGAAUGUGACACCAACACCAAUGAGUACUCACCGAACACCUAUGUCUGUGGCCCAUGAUGGCACUCCAUGGCAGACGGGCACACCCAUGAUCCAGAAGACCGGUACCACCUUCACCGGUGGUAUGUAUGCCACGCCCAGUGUGCUACAAGGUACCCCUCGCCAGACUCCAGGCCGCCAGACACCCUUGACAGGUGCAGCAGCAGGAAGCCGCUACGGGUACGGCGGCUACCCCUACACCACACCUCAGAACAUCACUACACCUGUUGGUGGCACGCCUUCCUACCAGGGUAUGCGAACUCCUCAGACUCGCACCCCACAGGUGAACAGGACCCCCCAGAUCAACCCCGCCCGGACCCCUACCAUGGGGGGCACGCCCCAGGGCACACCCCAGUACCAAUCUCGUACCACCCCUCGCCAGUCAUGGGGUGGGAGCACACCUACAGGUUCCUCACAGCAGCAGCCCUCACAGCGGCAGCAGCAGGCCUCACAACAGCAGCAGGUGGUGCCCCAGAGGAGUGCUGGAAGGACCCCACAGAGGAGUAGUGGUAGCAGCAGUGCCCGUGAAAUGCCACGUGAAAUGCCCCGUGAAAUGCCCCGUGAAAUGCCACGUGAAAUGCCACGUCCCUCGGCCAAAGUGGACUGGGCCCAGCAAGCUGCCCUGUGGGCCAAACAACGUCAGCAGACCAUGCGAAGCCCAGCACCCAGCCCUGCCCUGCAUGAACCUAGCCCCAUGUCCAUCUCAAACACCCCUGCACCCAGCCAGGGAGGUGGGGAUUCAACACCCCUUAUUGACGAAGAGAUUUGAUUGAAGUAAUGCCAGCAGACCAAUUAGAAGCCCAGCACCCAGCCCCAUGUUUAUCUCAAACACUCCUGAACCAAGCCAGUGAGGUGGGGAUUCGAAGCCCCUCAUCUAUGAAGAAAUUUGAAUGUGGCUUGGGUGUUCUUGUCAAUGGAUUAAGGAUCGUGGAAGAAGUUUUGGCUCAAUUAAAUCCCAGUUUAAGCCCCAUAACAGGCAUUUAUAUGUAGUUGCAUAUGAUGCAACAUCAUGUUACUGUCUGCUUUCUUUGGGCCUAUAAAACAGACACUUGUCUGUUGACAUUGCAGUGUUUUCUUCAUCCUGAAACAAACCCUUAACAGUCACAAGGAUUAUUUGCAAGUUUGCUCCAACCCAAAAUGUAUUUUCGGCCAAAGCAGAUCUCUACUUUUUAGUUCUUGAAGCGAGGAUAAAUACAGUGCUUAACAUGUUCCCAUUGCUAACAUGGCCCAAAGACCUACACCUAAAACUGGGAGAACAUGGAGGACUUCACACACCAAAGCCUUUGUUUUGUUUUGAUUACAAGACUGAAGACUCCAUCAUGCGUUAUAGCUCACUGUGCCAUAUUUACUUCAUGAAUUUAAAACAACAUGUAGAAAAUGAAAAUCAAUUUCAAUGAGUUGAAUUAUGCACUCUCUCAUUGCCUGUAGUGUAUGAUAAUUUGAAAAAUUUAUGUCACAAUUUUUUUUUCUUCUCUAAUGUUGCAUGAAGAAUUGAAUAUGGACAGAUAUCGACCGCUAUAGUGUUUCUGCACUUAUGCUUUUUAAGUCGUUAUUUUUCAUCAUUUAGAAGGGAUUAGUAUUUGCUUAUGAAGUUGAGCUUUGUCAUAUUAUACUUCGAGUUUUGGAGUAAGCCAGCAUUGUAAAAUGUCGAGCAUUCGAAAGGAUUGUACAAUAUUUGUUUGAGAACGAUAUGAUUAUUCUUUAAGGCGGCAGGAGGAAAGAGGUGCUAGGUGUAAAUGUGUACAUUUACCAUGCACUUUCAAGUUUAGUGUAUAUUCAGUGUAUAUUAAGACUGCGUAACAAUGCUACUAAUUUCAUGCUUAAACUAUACACCGGAGUGUACUGUAUAUACACAGGUUAUGAACAAACGUCUGCUGUAGAAGACUUCAGAUGUGGCUGGUGUAAAUGCAAAGAAGUGUUAGUUUGAUUUACUAAACAUUGUCACUUCAUUUAGCUACCGGUACAUAAAACAUCUGAGUUGAUCCCUCUACAGUUAAUUAGGUGUAAGUGUAGCCUAAUACGUAUGAUUUCAGAUGUGUUGCAUCGCUUCCUGUAAGUGUUACGUAUAUUAAAGUUAGACUUCAAACUAAUGCCAAUACUUUGGAGGUGAUACUCAACACCGGAAUCUAUGAUGGAUAUACAUUCACUGAGAUGUAGUGUAAAAGUGUACAACAUUGUGAAAUAUGGCUCGUACAAGAAGGUGUGGUGCAUACAGAAAAAUUUCUGUAAUUAAACCUAUUUACAAACUUUUCUGUAAAUUUAUUUGUUAAGUUUUGUAUCUGUAUCUUUGAGCUGACACCGACACCGGAGUUUACACUUCUAUAUACAGUCAUGUAGAUGUUGGUGUGAAAGUGUUGAGCUAUCUAGGAUGCAAGGCAUAAUUUGGUGUUGGUGUUAAGUCUGACAUCAAGACAAUGCCACACAACCUUUGAGCAAACACAACAUCGAAGCUCACUCUAUGCAUCAGAGCAGAUUGUCUUAUACAUGUACAUUUAUGGAAGUCUUGGCAUGUAUCGGGAUGUUUAAAGCAAUUUGAAAGAUUAUGAUUUUAAUCUUUUCCUUUCAACAUGAAGACUGUAUCGAAACAAUUACUGUAUAGGCUGAUAUUUUCAUGUACAGACAUUUUCAAAAUGCUAGUAGCUGUUCUUGUGAUGAUUAACAGAGGCUUCAUUAAUACAGCACAUGUUCGCACAUUCUUUUCCAGCCCAUAAGCAAACUGACAAAAACUUGCAAAAACAACGGCUAAUACAGUAGUAGUAUUGCUAUAAAAGCUUAUGCAUGCUAGUGUGAAUGUAAGUCAUCCAAACUAAUGGCGGUAAUUUCAAUCGAAUGGGAUAUGUCAUGUAACACUGUCUGACAUAAACUGUAUGUAUAUAUAUUUAAAUAUUUUGUAAUACAUGUACUUGUUGUAUGCAACCAUGGGACAUGAAUAACAGAUUUGAAAUUAAUGUUGACAUGUGUUUGAUCAUGUCUACAAGCUUUGUAAAUAGUUUACCCUAAAAUUUCAUGAGAGAGAAUAAACAAAAUGAUCCACUACCUUUUUAGAAAGAGCUAGAGCAGUAAACGAACUAAAUCAUGCUAUGGUAAGCUCUCCAAAAUAAUGCAUGGUGUGAAUUCUGAACAGUGUCAUUUUCAGUUUUCUAUUUGUUUUUAUUACAUAUUCAGGUUUGUACUUAUGAAUAUUCAUUAGUUUCAUAUGAUAACUUGAUCUAUAGACACAUUUAGGUUCACAAUUCUUUUGUUUGUUUUCAUGCUCUUGAACAUGAUGCACCAUUUAAGUUGCUUCCAUAUUUUCUUGUACAUUAAUUAUGCUGAAUUAAUUUGUCAGUAAUAUUUUUCUUUGGUUUCUAAGAAACUUUUUGUAUGGAAAUCUGGUUUGAUUGAUGAUGAAGAGGAUAUGAUUGUAUGAAGAAGAUAAUCAAGAAAUAAAACCAUGAAAGUUAAAGACAG